UGUGCUGCUGGGGAAGAUACCUGAUAGUGAUUAGUGAUCAGACUCUUCUGGGAGAGAGAGGGGGGCUGGCUUUCUGGAGGAGGUUGAGGAGGAGGAGGAGGCGAAGGAGGAGAGAGAGGAGAGAAAGGGGGCUGGUUUUCUGGAGGAGGUUGAGGAGGAGGAAAAGGAGGAGAGAGAGAGCGUGCUACUGUUCAUUUAGAGGCAGCAGCAAGAGACUGAAGCAUUGUCUGUCUGAGCUGAGGCAGGGCUGCAUGGAAUGGAGGAAAACUAGAGAGCAGCGCUGCUUGUCUGUCUGCCGACACACUGUCUGGACUCUCACGCUGCAUCCCGGAUAGAUUGUGUGUUGAGUGGAUGAUAGGAAUAGAGGAUGCAGGUCUGAUAUGCACAGUAUGUCUGUUUGUGAUCAUAUGUGAAUGGGUUUGUGUGUGUUCACUACAUCCAAGCAGACUCUAGUUGUGUUGUAGUCAUGGCUGCCUGAGGGACUGCUCCCUGGCUGUGUGGAUCUGGAGCCCCCUCUGAUAUCAUGCUGAGAGUUGGGCCAGCGGCCACCACUCUACUCCUGCUGCUGUCAUACUGCUGCUGCCACCUGUGUCACUCUCUGGGAAUCCCUAAACUGUCCUCCUAUGCCAAGACAGAGGACAAACUGUUCAAGAACCUCUUCAGAAACUACCAGAAAUGGGUGAGGCCUGUGGAAUACCUCAACGGCACAGUACGGGUCAGAUUUGGACUGGCCAUCUCCCAGCUAGUGGACGUGGACGAGAAGAACCAGUUGAUGACAACCAAUGUGUGGAUGAAACAGGAAUGGUUGGACAUGAAGCUACGCUGGGACCCUGAUGACUACCUGGGCAUCACUAACAUCAGAGUCCCCUCGGACUCUAUCUGGAUCCCAGACAUUGUGCUCUAUGACAACGCCGAUGGACGUUUUGAGGGCUCUGUCACCAAGGCUGUUGUCAAGUAUGAUGGCACCAUCAUCUGGACACAGCCCGCUAACUACAAGUCAGCCUGCAUCAUCGAUGUCACCUUCUUCCCCUUUGACCUGCAGAACUGCUCCAUGAAGUUUGGCUCCUGGACCUAUGAUGGCUCACAGGUUGACAUCCUCCUGGAGGACUUCCAUGUAGAUAAGAGGGACUACUUUGACAAUGGUGAAUGGGAGAUAGUGAAAGCGACAGGCAGCCGUGGUCUGAGGAUGGACGGUCCCUGCCACUUCCCCUUUAUCACCUACUCCUUCAUCAUCCGUAGACUGCCGCUCUUCUACACCCUCUUCCUCAUUAUCCCCUGUAUCGGCCUUUCCUUCCUCACCAUCCUGGUCUUCUACCUGCCCUCCAACGGCGGGGAGAAGAUCUCCCUGUGCACCUCUGUGCUGGUGUCCCUCACCGUCUUCCUCCUCGUGAUCGAGGAGAUAAUUCCGUCCUCCUCCAAGGUCAUCCCUCUUAUCGAGUACCUGGUGUUCACCAUGAUCUUUGUCACGCUCUCAAUUGUCAUCACCGUCUUCGCUAUCAACAUCCACCACCGCUCCUCAUCCACGCACCAAGGCAUGGCGCCAUGGGUGCGCCGUAUCUUCCUGCACAGGCUGCCUAAGCUGCUGUGUAUGCGCAGCCACGUGGACCGCUAUGCUACCCCAGGCGGGGCCAGGGAAGGACUGACAGGGAGAGAGUGGGCAAGACUGGCAAGAAGAGAAGGGGUAGUAGGGGCCAUUAUGAAGGGUUCUUCACCAGAGUCCACCUCUCAUCUCUCCUCUAGGAAUAACCUGCAGGCUGCUUUGGACUCUAUCCGCUACAUCACCAUGCAUGUGGUCAAGGAGAACGAGGUCAGAGAGGUGGUGCAGGACUGGAAGUUUGUGGCUCAAGUUCUGGAUCGUGUGUUCCUGUGGACCUUCCUCCUGGUCUCAGUACUGGGCUCUGCUCUGCUCUUCAUCCCUGUCAUCUACAAAUGGGCAAACAUCAUCGUCCCCAACCAUGCAGGCGGCAGCGGAUAAGACUAAACUGAGACUAAGUGCGCUGAGCACAAUCAUUUCAGAGACACUACAGUCAGUGCAGAUAAAGAGACACUUACUCACGUGGGUGUGGGAGACCAGUUAUAAUUGCAAUGGAUUCUAGUUCCAUCAUGAUUUUUGAUUUGUGUAAAUGAAUGAGGGAUUGUCUCUAUCUGUUUAUAGAUUAAAUUAACAAUCAAUUGUUUUAUAUUCUGAAAGGAGGAUACCUCCCUAUAGGCAUAUCUCACAAAGUAAAGUAUAACAAUGA